UUGACAAUGAAAGGAUACAAUUGGUUUGGAGCCUUACUACUCCUACUGAUAGUACUCACGCACAAUUUCGAGCCCCUGUUGGCGCAACGAGCACGCAAUGGCCGCAAUAGCAAUAAAUAUGAGGAUACCAAUAAUAAUAGAUCACAGCGCAAGCGCAACAACAACAAUGGCAAUCGCUCACAGUCAUCGCAUCGCCCACGUCCAUCCAGCCAACAUCUGAUAUCGUCAUUGGCCUCACAGCCGAGCAGCAUCAGCAGUGUCAGCAGUUCCACGCAUCAUCAUUUGGCUGAGGAUCAGCAUACGGAAUUUGUUAAGGGCAAAAUUUGUAUUGGUACCAAAUCACGUUUAUCGGUGCCAUCAAAUCGUGAACACCAUUAUCGCAAUCUAAGGGAUCGUUACAAUAAUUGCACCUAUGUUGAUGGUAAUUUGGAAUUGACUUGGCUGCAGGAUCCCAAUUUGGAUUUGAGUUUUUUGGAAAAUAUACGCGAGGUUACCGGUUAUAUACUUAUCAGUCAUGUGGAUAUACGACAAGUUGUGUUUCCAAGACUCCAAAUCAUACGCGGCCGCACCCUCUUCAAUCUCAAUGUCCAGGAUGAACAAUUCGCCCUGUUUGUGACCUAUUCGAAAACCUUUUCGUUGGAAAUGCCUGCCCUGCGUGACAUUUUACAAGGUUCCGUGGGUUUCUUCAACAAUUUCAAUUUGUGUCACAUUAAGACCUUGGAUUGGAAUGAAAUCAUCUCGGGUCCCCCGGACAAGUUCAAGUACCACUAUGUCUACAAUUUCACCCUGCCCGAACGACAAUGCCCCAAAUGUCAUGAAUCCUGUGAACGCGGCUGUUGGGGUGAAGGACCCAACAAUUGCCAGAAAUUCAGCAAAAUCAAUUGUUCACCACAGUGUGCCCAGGGUAGAUGCUUUGGACCCCGACCACGUGAAUGUUGCCAUCUUUUCUGUGCCGGAGGUUGUACAGGACCCACGCAGAAGGAAUGCAUUGCCUGUAAGAAUUUCUAUGAUGAUGGUGUCUGCAAAGAAGAAUGUCCACCCAUGCAAAAAUACAAUCCCACCAAUUAUCUCUGGGAAGCCAAUCCGGAGGGAAAAUAUGCCUAUGGCGCCACCUGUGUCAAGGAAUGCCCGGAACAUCUGCUCAAAGAUAAUGGUGCCUGUGUGCGUAGCUGUCCAGCCUUUAAAAUGGCCAAAGAUGGCGAAUGUAUACCCUGUAAUGGUCCGUGUCCCAAAACAUGCCCUGGUCGUGCUGUUCUCCAUUCCGGCAACAUUGAUUCCUACAAGGGUUGUACCGUCAUUGAGGGGUCCAUCCGGGUUCUAGAUCAAACCUUUUCGGGUUUCCAAGAUAUUUACAAAAACUAUUCUCUGGGUCCUCGUUACAUUGCCAUGCAUCCUGAUCGCAUGGAGGUGUUUUCCACAGUCAAAGAAAUUACCGGCUACUUGGAUAUUGAGGGUGUACAUCCGGAUUUUAAAAAUCUCUCGUAUUUCCGUAACUUAGAAGUGAUACAUGGUCGCCAGCUGAUGGAAAGUUAUUUCGCCUCUCUGUCCAUUGUCAAGUCGUCUCUGCAAAGUUUGGAAUUGAAAUCGCUGAAGAGAAUCAAUGCAGGAUCCGUGGUCAUACAGCACAAUGAUAAGAUUUGUUAUGUCAAUGACAUCGAUUGGACGAAGCUGCAGAAAUCUGGAGAACAUGGUUUUGUGGUGGAAAUGAAUCGCAACAGGGAAGAUUGCAAAAAAGAUGGCUUCGUUUGUUCGGAUCAAUGCAAUAAAUCAGGUUGUUGGGGUUCUGGUCCAGAUCAAUGUUUGGAAUGCAAAAACUUUGAGUUCAAUGGCACCUGCAUAGCCGAUUGUCGUAAUAUUACAAACGCUUAUCAAUUCGAUGCCAAGACCUGCAAACAAUGCCAUCCAGAAUGUCGCACCUGUUCGGGUCCCGAUGCCGAACACUGUGAUGAAUGUGUCCAUGUAAGAGAUGAGAAUCGUUGUGUCACUGUCUGCCCCGAUAAUAAAUUCUCCGAUUAUGGUGUCUGCCGCACUUGUCAUCCCACCUGUGAAGGCUGUACGGGCCCUAAUAACACCAUUGGUCCUGGUGGCUGUAAAACUUGCCAUUUGGCCAUAAUAAAUUCCGAGGGUGACAUCGAACGUUGUCUGCUGAAGAAUGAUAAAUGUCCCGAUGGUUAUUACUGGGAAUAUGUGAAUCCCCAGGAACAAGGACAACUCAAGCCUUUGGCUGGCAAAGCCAUUUGUCGCAAAUGUCAUCCUCGUUGUGAGCUGUGCAGUGGUUAUGGUUUCCACGAACAGGUGUGCCAAAAAUGUGCCGGAUACAAACGUGGCGAACAAUGUGACGAUGAAUGCCCCACCGAUCAUUAUGCCGACGAAGUGAAUCGUGAGUGUUUCAUGUGUCAUCCAGAGUGUAAGGGCUGUACUGGACCUGGUGCCGAUGAAUGUCUGGCUUGCCGUAGUUUCAAAAUCUUUGGCGAUGGUGAUCCCUAUGAUAAUUCCACAAUCUUCAAUUGUACCUCCAAGUGUCCCCCGGAAUUGUCACAUGUCAUAUACCAGGCACCUCAUUUGGGUACCUAUUGUUCGUCUGUACCUAUGAAGGGUUCAAAACUUGUGGCUGCUGUGGACAAUUAUAUUUUCCUCAUCGUUGCAGUUGUGGCCUUGGUCGUGGUCUUGGGUACCCUCAGUGUUGUGACCUAUGUGUGUCGUCAGAAAACCAAAGCCAAAACAGAGGCUGUUAAAAUGACCAUGGUCUUGUCAGGAUGUGAAGAUUCUGAACCUUUAAGACCCUCAAAUAUUGGAGCCAAUCUUUCGAAGCUACGUAUUGUCAAAGAGGCUGAACUGAGAAAAGGUGGUGUCUUGGGUAUGGGAGCUUUUGGCCGUGUCUUCAAAGGUGUUUGGGUGCCGGAGGGUGAAAAUGUCAAGAUUCCGGUUGCCAUUAAAGAGUUGUUAAAGUCGUCUGGAGCCGAGUCAAGUGAAGAGUUUUUGCGUGAGGCAUAUAUCAUGGCUUCCGUGGAACAUCCCAAUCUCUUGAAACUAUUGGCUGUUUGUUUGACUUCCCAAAUGAUGUUGAUUACCCAGUUGAUGCCCUUGGGCUGUCUCUUGGAUUAUGUGCGUAAUAACCGUGAUAAAAUCGGUUCCAAGGCUUUGCUGAAUUGGUCCACCCAAAUUGCCAAGGGUAUGUCAUAUUUGGAAGAGAAACGUUUGGUCCAUCGUGAUUUGGCCGCCCGUAAUGUCCUUGUCCAGACUCCAUCCUGUGUGAAGAUUACCGAUUUCGGUUUGGCCAAGCUUCUGAACAACGAUUCGAAUGAAUAUAAGGCUGCUGGAGGUAAAAUGCCCAUCAAAUGGUUGGCCUUGGAAUGUAUCCGUCAUCGUGUAUUUACCAGCAAAUCGGAUGUCUGGGCCUUUGGUGUAACCAUCUGGGAAUUGUUGACAUUCGGCCAAAGACCCCAUGAAAAUAUCCCCGCCAAAGAUAUUCCUGAUCUCAUUGAAGUUGGUUUGAAAUUGGAACAACCGGAAAUCUGUUCCCUGGAUAUUUACUGCACCCUGUUGUCGUGCUGGCAUUUGGAUGCUGAGAUGAGACCAUCAUUCAAGCAGUUGGUCAAUGUAUUUGCCGAAUUUGCCCGUGACCCUGGCCGUUAUUUGGCCAUACCCGGUGAUAAGUUCACUCGCCUGCCAGCCUAUACCAGCCAAGAUGAAAAGGAUCUGAUUCGCAAAUUGGCACCCAGUUUUGAGGGCAGUGAAGGCAUGGUGGAACCAGAUGAUUAUUUGCAACCCAAGGCUGCACCUGGUAACCACAACCAAGAAGGUUCUGAGGAUGUGCCCAAACUGAAUCGCUACUGCAAAGAUCCCAUGAACAAGAACUCGUCCAACGAAAGUGAUGAAACCGAUUCGAAUGCCCGAGAGGUGGGUGUGGGAGAUUUACGCUUGGAAUUGCCAGUGGACGAGGAUGACUACCUAAUGCCCACAUGCCAAAUUAGCUCACAAACCACACUUAACAAUAACAAUGUAACCACUAGCAAUGCCAUGACGGGGGCACCUGGAGGUUACAUGGAUCUCAUUGGGGUGCCGGCUAGCGUUGACAACCCUGAAUAUUUGCUCAACACCUCGGCAAAUCUAAACAGCCAAGAGGCACCCAUACCCACCCAGACUUUGGGUAUUCCGGUGAUGGUAAUGCGGCCACCAAAUGCAGGACCCACAAUGCUGGAUAUACCUGUAACGCCAUCCGAGCCCACAAGUUCCGAUCACGAAUACUACAACGAUACACAAAGAGAGCUACAGCCUUUGCACAGAAACGAAACAAGGGUAUGAUACGAUGUGGAAUC